UUUGUGCCAAACUCUGGAAACUAUAUUGCGAGAAAACCAGUGUGAACCAUGCUGUCUCUUGGCGCCAUGAAAGAUGGCGUCAUCCGACCCAGUGAGGAAGACCGGAAACGGAUUAUUACCCAAAUGAAAGUACGGACAACUCUGAAAGGAGACAAGAGUUGGAUCCAGCAGAGGUCUGAUUCUGAAGAGAAGCCGGACCACAGGCCUUUGGUAGCUUGUACUGCACCAUCUUCUCAAGGAGAACCACAGUCUCCUUCAGCACAAAAAAAUCUUCCCCAAAAGUCUCCUGGUGCCACAUCAUCUUCUGGGUAUCUUAUCAGGGGCGUUUUCACCAAGACCAUUGAUAAGUCAUCCCCUUCAAAGACAGUAUACAAUGGGACACAGAAGAGUGCCAAGAGCUCCAGCCAGACUUCCUCCUCCCAAGGGCACAAGUUGUCCACUGAGGACUACAAAAAACUAGCUCCCUACAAUAUUAAGCAUGUAGUCUCGCACCCAGGAGAUGGAGAGCUCUCUGUUUCUCCAGAGGAGCAAAAAAAGAGGACACAAGCUGCAAGCAGUGUGCUCAGGAGAACUGCUGGCAGGGAACGUUCCUAUGUCCUUUCAGCUGCCAAGAAAAGUGGCGGCAGUCCAACACAAGAGGUACCAGCCUUUGUGGCCAAGAGGAUUGACGUAGAAGAUGACAUUGGUCCACGAUCCAGAAGUCAGACUGUACCUGCCUCAGCAUGGUUUAGUAGUCGUGGAAAGAGCAGUACUAAUGGAGAAGGAAAAACCGCAGGGUCUCCCUGCAGUGAACCAAGGUCGGCAAAUAUUUCUGUGAGAACCAGUAUUGAUACAAACAACAGCAUAAAUGUGGCCUCGAAACCCUACCUUGAAACCUCAUUCAACCACUCCAGGUCUAUGGAGAGCAGUAACAAAUCAGAUCAGGAGAAGCAUGAAACAAUUUCUGGACAUGAUUCUGCCCUCAGGAUCCCUACUUCUCCAAAGAGAAGUGAGGAGAACGAAUUGCAGAGUUCCAAGUUUUUUGACAAAUCUGCCCUGGAGCACAAACAGGGACUCUCCAAUGGAGAAGGAAAACAUAAGGAUUUGACUGCUGCAGAAUUCUGCAAAUAUCAGCCCAUCACAGAAAAGGAAAACACUGAGGCUUCCUCAGGGACGGGAUACAGCACAUCCGUCCAUCUUGACAACAGUGAGGGGGUUGACUCAAAAAGGUCUGAGCCGCGGCCUGGAGAAAGUAGUCUGAGCACCACUGGAAUCCAGUGUGAACUCCUCAGUACUGCCAAGAGGGAGGAAUCAGACGUGGACAUUACCAGUCUGUCUUACUACCCCUUCAGAGAGCCUGGGACUAGCUUUCCAAAAAGCCAUAGAGUGCCCUUCUAUAAGGACAUCUGUGACACAGAGAGUGGAAGGAAUUUGGCUGAUGCAGAUGCAAAGGAUGCCACUGCUUCCUCCCAGCUGAAGAAUCCCCCUAGUUACGAUUCGGAUUCCUCCACAUCAGGCAAAGGUCUCCUCUUUGUGAAGGAAUCCAUCAAGAGCAUGGAAUUGUCCUCCUCACCACGUUACAACAGUCGCAGUUUGGUUGACUUGUCUGAGCUUGAGAAACCAAGCUACAGCAGUGCCAGCUAUCUGAAUAACACACCUCCAAAAAGGCCUCUGGAAGAUGUUUGUACUUACUGUGGUCGAAUCAUCCGCAAUUGUGCCAAGAUAUCUAUUGAGAACCUCAACAUCUGCUGCCAUGAAUACUGCUUCAGGUGUGGAAUUUGCCACAAGCCAAUGGGAGAUCUCUUGGAUAAAAUCUUCAUUCAUCGGGAUAUUGUCCAUUGCGAUAAGUGCUAUGAAAAGCUCUUUUAGAUUUCAUGGAUUAGGACAGCCCGCCCAAAGAGAAGCCUGCCUUCAUCUGCGUGCCGGGGUUCUUCUAAGUACUCUUUGAUCCAGCAAGCAUCCCCUUUCCUCUGCUCUCAAUCCAUUCCUCCUUCCUCAUCUUCAGUCAGGCCAAGUGAUUCACAUUCAGCAAUGAUGAAGUUAGGUCAUUUUCAGACUGUGGACAGAAUGGUUGUUUUGGGGAUGCUGCAUCAGUGACAAUGUGGAUUAUUGCCUGGGCUUCAUCUUGCUGCAAUGGGCGUUCCUCCUGCUCAUUCUGCUGUAAAACGGUCUUGGUUGCUUGUCCAAAAGUCCUUCCUGCCAUGACGGUGCCCUGGAUAUCCAUUCAUUCAAUUUGGCCAGCGACUGAUAAAAGCAGGCUUUAGCAGGAAUGAAAGGAAGCAGCAUCACCUGUUAAAAAAAAAAAGGCGGGGGGCGGUUUCGACUGAUCUUUACCAGGGAUACUUCUUAUUCCAGGCAUUUAUCCCUGGGGUGGGAAGUUCUUAGCCACACCUAGGAAAGUUCAAUUCCAAAACAGGUGCCUUGAAUGCACAGAGUUCUAAAUGGGUGUGCAAAAUGUUUUGAUUCAAACCACCUCAAGCUCAAAACAUCUCUAUUCAACCAUUUCAGGAGUGUUUGGAGCUUGAAACACCCCAGAAUUGCUUGAAAAGUAAGAAUCUCAAUGCUUUGCACACCACUACUUCUAAGUUGCCUUCUGGCAUCCCUGGGUUUGAUUUUGAUUCUGAAAAGCCAUGCAUCACGCAUUGAGAUUAUGUCUUCUAUGGCCUUUUAUCAUUGGCUGAGGCUGAUGGGAGUUGGAAUCCAAAGCCUCAGGAGAGUCACUACCUUGAUUACUCUUGUUCUAUCCAGAGUAGAAAAUAUUGAGUUAUCUCAGUGUUUUUCAAACUUGGCAAUGUUAAGAUGAGCAUGGAAUUUUGGGAGUUGAAGUCCACACAUUUUAAAGUUGCCAAGUUUGAAAAACCCUGAGUUAAAUGGUCCAAUUGUCCUAUACACUAUCAGGCAGCUUCUUGUGUCUGCUGCUGUAUUUUCUCUCCUACCAUAAUUGCCUCUCUGGAGAAUAACUAUUUUAUAAAUAUCUCUGAUUCUGUUGUGAGAUUAUACAUUCAUCACUGUUGGGAAGUCAGUUGUGGUUAAUUUC